GGGGAGGGGAGGGGGAGUGACGAUCGCCGUGACCACCCCUCCCUCCCCGGUCGCUGCUGUCGGGUCUCGGAGCCGCUUCCCCGGACCGUGACGAAGCGAGAGUGGAGGCGGCGCUGCCCGAUUUGUUUGUAAAUGCAUCACAAAGAGGCAGCCCAGAAUGAAGAAAGCAAGCAGGUCUGUUGGCUCAGUGCCCAAAGUGCCCGGGAUAAAUAAAACUCAAACAAUAGAAAAAAUCAAACCAGAAAACGGCUCCUCAGUGUCUGCAGUAACAAAACUCUCAAAAACUGGAACAUCAACAUCCUUGUUGAAGACAAAAAGUAAUGAUGACCUUUUAGCGGGAAUGGCUGGUGGUGGGGUGACUAUGACCAAUGGUGUGAAGGCAAAGAAGAGCACCUGCACAUCCACAGCAUCUUCAGCUUCAGGGACCACCAUGAACAACCUGGAGAAUAAACCCAAGACUAUUACAGGUACGAGUUCCACAGCCAAGCGUAGCACAUCAUCUGGAAAUAAAGAAUCUAGCUCUUCUAGGGAAAGAAUACGUGAUCGUUCCCGUCUGAACCAAAGCAAAAAACUGCCUUUGACAGGACAGGGGACUAAUGACACCAUUCUGGCAAAACGCUCCCGUAGUCGUACUAAUCCAGAGUCUGAUGUUCGGAUGAGUAAAUCCAAAUCGGACAAUCAAAUCAGUGACAAAGCUGCUUUGGAAGCUAAAGUGAAAGAUCUUCUGACUUUAGCAAAAACUAAAGAUGUGGAGAUUUUACACUUGAGGAAUGAACUCAGAGAUAUGCGUGCUCAGCUGGGCCUUAAUGAAGAUCAGCAUGAGGGUGAUGAGAAGUCUGAGGAAAAAGAGGCCAUUGUUGUUCACCAACCAACUGAUGUAGAGUCUACAUUAUUAGUGUUACAAGAGCAAAACACUGCCAUCCGAGAAGAGCUCAACCAAUUGAAGAAUGAGAAUCGAAUGUUGAAGGACAGAUUAAACGCAUUGGGCUUUUCUUUGGAACAAAGGCUAGACAACUCUGAGAAACUCUUUGGCUAUCAGUCUUUGAGCCCAGAGAUCACAACUGGUAACCACAGUGAUGGUGGUGGCACUCUUACAUCUUCAGUGGAAGGUUCUGCUCCUGGUUCAAUGGAAGAUUUGUUGAGUCAGGACGAAAACACCUUAAUGGACAAUCAGCAUAGUAACUCCAUGGAUAAUUUAGACAGUGAGUGCAGUGAAGUUUAUCAGCCACUUACAUCAAGUGAUGAUGCUUUAGAUGCUCCAUCGUCUUCGGAGUCUGAAGGAGUACCAAGCAUAGAAAGAUCUAGGAAAGGAAGCAGUGGCAAUGCAAGUGAAGUUUCUGUAGCUUGUCUGACAGAACGGAUACACCAGAUGGAAGAGAACCAGCAUAGUACAGCUGAGGAGCUUCAAGCAACACUUCAGGAACUUGCAGAUUUACAACAAAUAACUCAAGAGCUGAACAGUGAGAAUGAAAGACUUGGAGAAGAAAAAGUAAUUCUUAUGGAAUCCUUGUGCCAGCAGAGUGACAAGUUAGAACACUUCAGCCGACAGAUUGAAUAUUUUCGCUCCCUUUUAGAUGAACAUCACAUCUCGUAUGUUAUUGAUGAAGAUAUGAAAAGUGGGAGGUAUAUGGAGUUAGAGCAACGGUAUAUGGACCUUGCUGAGAAUGCUCGUUUUGAACGAGAGCAACUGCUGGGUGUCCAGCAGCAUCUGAGCAACACUUUGAAGAUGGCAGAGCAAGAUAACAAGGAGGCCCAAGAAAUUAUAGGGGCACUGAAAGAACGGAACCACCACAUGGAACGAAUUAUUGAGUCAGAGCAGAAAAGUAAGGCAGCAUUAGCAGCCACCUUAGAGGAGUACAAAGCCACAGUAGCCAGUGACCAGAUUGAGAUGAACAGGCUAAAGGCUCAGCUGGAGCAUGAAAAGCAAAAAGUGGCUGAACUGUACUCUAUACACAACUCUGGAGAUAAAUCAGAUAUACAAGAUUUGUUGGAGAGUGUCAGGCUGGACAAGGAAAAAGCAGAGACUUUGGCCAGCAGUCUGCAGGAAGAGCUGGCUCUCACUCGCAAUGAUGCCAAUCGAUUGCAGGAUGCCAUUGCUAAGGUUGAAGAUGAAUACAGAGUCUUCCAAGAAGAAGCCAAGAAGCAAAUUGAGGAUCUCAAUAUGACUCUAGAAAAGCUUCGGGCAGAGCUAGAAGAAAAAGAGACUGAAAGAAGUGACAUGAAAGAAACCAUCUUCGAGUUGGAAGAUGAAGUAGAGCAGCAUCGAGCUGUGAAACUUCAUGACAACCUCAUCAUAUCUGACUUAGAGAAUACAGUUAAAAAACUUCAGGACCAAAAGCAUGACAUGGAAAGAGAAAUAAAGACUCUUCACAGGAGGCUACGGGAGGAGUCCGCAGAAUGGCGUCAGUUCCAAGCUGAUCUACAGACUGCCGUAGUCAUAGCAAAUGAUAUCAAAUCUGAGGCCCAGGAGGAGAUAGGGGACCUAAAACGUAGACUGCAUGAGUCUCAGGAGAAAAAUGAAAAGCUCACUAAAGAGCUGGAAGAAAUAAAGUCACGCAAGCAGGAAGAGGAACGUGGCCGGGUAUACAAUUACAUGAAUGCUGUAGAGAGGGAUUUGGCAGCUCUGAGACAAGGAAUGGGGCUAAGUCGCAGGUCAUCCACUUCCUCGGAGCCAACUCCCACCGUAAAAACACUAAUCAAAUCCUUCGACAGUGCCUCACAAGUUCCAAGCCCUGCCACAGCCACAAUUCCUCGCACUCCUCUCAGUCCAAGCCCCAUGAAAACACCCCCAGCAGCUGCAGUGUCUCCUAUGCAGAGGCAUUCUAUAAGUGGACCAAUAUCAACCUCCAAACCCCUUACACCUUUGUCAGACAAAAGACCAAGCUAUGCAGAAAUCCCUGUUCAAGAACAUUUGUUGAGAACUUCCUCUACCAGCAGACCAGCCUCAUUGCCAAGAGUACCUGCCAUGGAAAGUGCCAAAUCUAUUUCAGUGUCUAGACGAAGUAGUGAAGAAAUCAAACGGGACAUUAGUGCACCUGACGGAGCAUCUCCAGCCUCUCUCAUGGCAAUGGGAACCACCUCACCACAACUCUCUCUCUCCUCCUCUCCUACAGCGUCUGUCACCCCUACAACACGAAAUCGAAUAAGGGAAGAAAGGAAAGACCCUUUAUCUGCUCUUGCAAGGGAAUAUGGAGGUUCCAAAAGAAAUGCCUUGCUGAAGUGGUGUCAGAAGAAAACCGAAGGAUAUCAGAAUAUUGACAUCACAAACUUCAGCAGCAGUUGGAAUGAUGGGUUGGCCUUCUGUGCAGUCCUCCAUACUUACCUCCCAGCUCACAUUCCGUACCAAGAACUGAACAGCCAGGACAAGAGAAGAAACUUCACUCUGGCCUUUCAGGCAGCUGAAAGUGUUGGCAUCAAAUCUACUCUGGACAUCAAUGAAAUGGUGCGAACUGAGCGUCCAGACUGGCAGAAUGUCAUGCUGUAUGUUACUGCAAUUUACAAAUACUUUGAAACCUGAAACCUUGUUAAUCCAAAAGAUUUGCAGACUGGAAUCAUCACUAGC